AUGAACAGAGGCAAUAAAAGUAAUCAGCAACCUUCUUCAUAUAUUGCUGAUCAUUUCAACAGCUUGGAUCAGGUGAUCACUUCUCUGAGAGAAGCUGGACUUGAAUCUUCGAAUUUGAUUCUAGGAAUUGACUUCACCAAGAGCAAUGAGUGGACAGGAAGAUAUUCAUUCAAUAGAAAAAGCCUUCAUGCCAUUGGUAAAAGACAGAAUCCAUAUGAGCAAGCAAUAUCGAUUAUUGGUCGUACUUUGUCUCCCUUUGAUGAAGAUGGUCUUAUACCUUGUUUUGGUUUUGGCGAUGUAACAACGCGAGAUCAAUAUGUAUUCAGUUUUUAUCCCGAGAACAAAAGUUGCGACGGAUUGGAUAAAGCGGUUAAAAGAUAUAGAGAGAUUGUUCCACAUUUGAAGUUGUCCGGUCCUACCUCGUUUGCCCCGGUUAUUGAUGCAGCCAUCGACAUAGUCGAGCAGAACAAUAUGCAAUACCAUGUUCUUGUCAUCAUAGCAGAUGGUCAGGUAACAAGGAAUCCAGAUGUGCCACAUGGUCGGCUAAGUCCACAGGAAGAAGCUACUAUGAACUCGAUCAUGGCAGCUAGUCAUUACCCAUUGUCGAUCGUCUUGGUUGGAGUAGGAGAUGGACCAUGGGACACAAUGAAACAGUUUGAUGACAAUAUCCCUCACCGUGAAUUCGAUAACUUCCAGUUUGUGAACUUCACAGAGAUAAUGUCAGAGCACAAAGAUGCAGCUAAAAAGGAGACUGCUUUUGCACUUGCAGCUCUCAUGGAGAUCCCUUUUCAAUACAAGGCCACAUUAAGUCUCAAUACAAAGCAAGUGCGCGUUUCCCGUUCGCACCAGAAGCCGCUCCCGCCACCACCAGAGGUCAUAGAGCGUGACAAUGCUGUUAGAUCAGCGCCAAAUCCAGUAACAGAAACUGCAGAGAAAAGUGAAAGAAUGGCUCCAGUGACGGCGCAGGUAUGCCCGAUUUGCUUGACGAAUCCAAAGGAUAUGGCUUUUAGCUGCGGUCACACGACAUGCAAGGAAUGCGGCGUUGUUGUCAAGACAUGCCCUAUGUGCAGACAACCUAUAACAACGAGGAUAAGGCUGUACACUUGA